AUGGGGGCGAACGAGCCACGCAAACGCGUCGCCGUAAUUGGCACGGGGAUGGCAGGGCUUGUCACCGCAUAUAUACUCAGGAGCGAUGCCCAGGGAAGAUACGACGUGGAAGUAUUUGAGAAGCAAGACAAACUCUCCCUCGACUCCGCAUCCUACAAUCUCUCAGCGCAAGAUAGCGCAGGCAAACAAGCAGAACGCCUCGAUCUCCCCAUGCGCACAUUCGCCGCAGGAUAUUACGAGGGCCUGAAACGAAUGUACGAUUAUCUCGGCAUCCCAUAUGGCUCGCUACGGUUUAUAUACUCUCUCUCAAAUAUGCCGGCCACCGCAACCCAACAAGCCUCCCCGUACUACAUGCAUGCCUCAAAUAACCACCAAAUACCGCCCUUGCGUCCGGACGGCCUAUCAUGGGCUGGGUGGCUGAUCGAGGUGUGUUACCUGGCAAUCUGCUAUUAUUGGUUCAAAGCCUGCUGUUUCUUCGUCCCGCCCAAGACGGUGGAGUCGUGUGGCGCAGAGGAAACUCUCCGCCAGUAUGUGGAGAGGAUCAUGCUACCAAGUUACUACGUCAAGCACUAUUUCCUUCCGGUCUUCGCGAGCGUUGCGACUUGUUCACACGACGCGUUGAUGGAUUUCCCCGCUCUUGAUCUGGUGGACUAUGGGAGGCGGACUUUCCGCAAGAAUCAUUACACUGUUCUCGGUGGUGUCCAGCACGUUGAGAAGAAGCUGUCGGAGAAUUUAACGUGUAGACUCGGCACGGAAGUCACAGCUGUCGAAAAUAUCGGGACGAAGGUUCAGAUCAGCUGGACAGAUACGCGGGAUGGCAAACGCAGCGAGCGACUAUUCGACCACGUUGUUCUGGCCGUAACACCCGACGUGGUCGGCUCAAUCUUCCAGCCUCUCCGCAGCGCAAUGGCAGCUGUGCCCACAACGACUGUGGAAUCGGUUGUGCACCGCGACUUUUCCAAGAUCCUGGAUUCCAGCAGAUCUCUCUGGAAGCAGGUGAAUUUGAAGCCAGGCGAUUCAGCGCCCCACCCACUCCACAUGUGCUCUAAUGCCACGGCAACGGAGACGAUUCACGAGCAUCCGUCAUCUGCUCUGAUUACGACUUAUCCUAUUACUCCCAUUGACGCCGAGAAGGUCUUGUACACUGCUACAUUUACCCGUGUGUUGCGGUCUUCCACCAGCAGACAAAUUGUCAACCAAAUCUUCAGCCAGCACAGGUCUGGAGAGGAGAAGAGUCAGCUCUGGCGGAAUGGCGAUGGCAAUGUCUGGCUGGUCGGUGGUUGGUGCUGGGAUGGGAUGGUGUUGCUUGAGGGAUGUCUUGCCUCUGCGACGAGGGUGGCAAAUGCCCUUGAUGUUGAGGUGCCCUGGAUGAAGGGUUCCUUUUUAUAA